AUGGACUUCGAUCUAGUGGUAACGAACGGCAUUUUGGUCACAGCGAGCGAAGUCCUGCCGGCAGGACUAGACAUCGGUGUCAAAGAUGGCAAGAUCGCAUGCAUUGGCACGAAUUUACCACGAUCCUCAAAGAUCAGGAUCAUAGAUGCCGAAGGUGCCUACAUCACCCCGGGAGGUGUAGACAGCCAUGUUCAUCUGUCGCAGAAGAAUUCGCCGACUGGAGAUACUUGGGAGACGGGCUCGCGUUCUGCCAUAGCGGGAGGCACUACUACCAUCCUCGCUUUUGCGUCUCAACCCAAGACUGAGCAAACACUUUGGCCGACGUUGGAAGACUACAAAUCGAAGUCAACGAAUCAGGUCUAUUGUGAUUAUGGCUUCCAUUUCAUUCUCACCAACCCUACGCCUGAGAUUAUCCGAGAUGAGCUGCCGGUAUUGGUCGAGAAGGAGGGUAUCACAUCCGUGAAGCUUUAUAUGACCUACGAAGCCAUGAAGUUGAAUGAUCGCGAGAUCCUGAGGAUAUUAUUCGCGUGUAAGGCGCUCGGCAUGACGACCAUGAUACAUGCAGAAUCGCACGAUAUCAUCAGCAUGAUCAUCGAAGGUCUUGAGAGGAACAAGAACACUGACACUUUCUUUCAUGCGAUCGCUAGGCCCAGAAUCGCCGAGGACGAAGCAUCGUACCGCGCAAUCUCUUUGGCGGAAUUGGCCGAUGCGCCCAUGUUGCUCGUCCAUAUGAGCAGCGACGUUGCAGUAGCACAUGUACGUGAGGCGCAGACUAGACUACUGCCCAUCCAUGCAGAGACUUGUCCGCACUACCUAUUCCUGCUGUCUGAAAAGAUAAAGGGCGAGCCACACGACCAUUUCUCUGGGGCGAAGCAUGUUUGUUCGCCGCCGUUGCGGCAUGAAGUCAAGGAUCUGGAAGGCUUGUGGCAGAACAUCGCCAACGGGACGUUCACCACUUUCUCCUCUGAUCACGCUCCGAGCAAGUACGACCAUCCUGGCGGAAAGCAACUUGGGAUCGUCGACGGCGUGGCCAGAUUCUCCAAGAUACCAAACGGACUGCCUGGUGUUGAGACUCGAAUGGCACUGUUAUUUGGCCAGACUCCAGCUUGCCAGGAGGCAGCAACUGCGAAGCUGAGUCUGCCACGAUUCGUUCAGCUGACGGCAACCAAUCCUGCGAAGCUGUACGGACUUGAUGGCGUCAAAGGUAGUAUCGCGCCGGGGUAUGAUGCUGAUCUGGUCAUUUGGCAUCCCGGCAAGACAGGCGCGACCACAAUCUCGCAAAGCAGGCUGCAUCAUGAUAUUGAUUAUACACCAUUUGAAGGGAUCGAGGUCGGAAAUUGGCCCAGAUAUACCAUCUUGCGAGGCGAAGUUGUUUGGGAUCAGUCGCGAGGCAUUGUUGGUCAGAUGGGGCAAGGUCAAUACCUGAAGCGAGGAAGAGGUCAGGUGCUUGUGGGUAAGACUGGCAAUAUACCGCGGGGCAUGACAAUGAAUGAAAGAAAGUACUGGGCUGCGUAG